CAUUGGCUGGAGGUCUCCUUAAGGCGCGGGAGGCUGCGGUAGGGGCUGCAUGUACCAUAGAGGGUACCAUAGAGGCGGCUCCGGAUCCAGAGCCGGGGGGCCGCGGGGCCGCCGGUGUCCCGGCCACCGGGGAGGGUUUGUCCCGCAUCGAACUCCGCGUCCGACGGGGAGGUGCGUUGUGCGGGGCAGCACGGGGGCUGCUCCGCCUUCUCGCGAUCCUCCACCUCCUGGAGGUCUCCAGCCGCGCCUCUCGACAUCCAUGAUGGAGGAGAUCUCCGAGGAGCCUCCCACUUCUGCCAUCAUCUUAGAGAACUGCCACUUCUCCCAGGUCAUCUUUAACGACGUGGAGAAGUUUUAUGUUCCUGGAGGAGACGUAACCUGUUAUUACACCCUCACGGAGAGCAUCCUUCCUCGUGGGAAGGACUGGGUGGGCAUCUUCCGGGUGGGAUGGAAAACAAUCCGGGAAUAUUACACAUUCAUGUGGGCUCCUCUGCCGAGUGACACCCACAGAGACACCACCAUGCAGCAACAGAUCCAAUUCAAAGCUUGCUACCUGCCACAAGAUGAUGAGUACUAUCAGUUCUGCUACAUCGACCAGGAUGGCGUGGUGCGGGGAGCCAGUGUGCCUUUCCAGUUCAGAGUAGAUGCUGAGGAUGACAUCCUGGUGGUUACCACGCAGGGAGAAGUGGAAGAGGUUGAACACCAAAACCAAAACCUGCAUAAGGAAAAUGAGAAGCUGAAAGCAAACUGUGCAAGUCUCCAGGAACAGAACAGCCAUCUGCAGCAAGAGCUCAAGAAGACCCAGGAGCUGCAGAAUGCUUUAGAGUCUCUAAGGAGCACCACAAAGAAACUGGAAGUGGAGCUGAAUUCCCUGAGAAAGGAAAAUACACAUCUAAAGAGGCUGGAUGAUGGCAGGCGGGCAGUAAUGCACCAACUCAAAGAGCAAAUUCAGAGUGUGACCUCUGACAAGGAAUGCCUGGAAACCAGACUGAAAACAGCGCUGGAUCACCUGGACCAGCUACAGCAACAAAACGAGAACUUACUGAAAGAACUGGAGGAGCAGAAGCAUUUGUUUCAGAUUCUGCAGGAAAAAAAGAAGGAAGCUGAUGAGGAAAAUCAGCAACUAAGGGAAAAGAAUGGCAGACUCCUGAGGCGUCUCUUGCAGGCGAGAGAGGCUUCUUCUGUCUCUGUUGUUUCCCGAGCUCCUAAAGUAGGAGGCCUUCUGUUUGGAAAUCCAUAUUGUGCUGCAGGAGCAAACCCGGAGGCAGGAGCUGCAGACAUAGCUUCUAUGAAGAAAUGCUUCAUGUUCGAUGAAGUACUUCCUGAAGAUACUCUAACAAGUCAGUACAAGGCCCACGUGCAGAGCCAUCUUCUGGAGUGCCCAUUCUGCAGUGAGACCUUUGAGAAGUCCAACGACCAGGCGUUGUUUGCCCAUAUGCUUUGUCAUGUCCUGGAAUGAUGGUGGAUUUGUAUCUACUCUGCAAUAUAGAUCAAAAUCACUGGAAUCACUGGAUAGGCUUAGUUUGUGCUAAGAUCACCCAGACAAGAAUGACAAUGCAGCCAGGGCUGGAAUUCUGAGCUCUUUGCUUCAUGCAGCCUGUGACCAACACACAAAUCAGGUCAGACAUCCACAUCCUGAAACUGAAUCACUAUCAUCAAACUCAGGUUUCUUGUCUUGGAUGUACACUUGUUAAACAACUUACAAAUCCUACCAUGAGUAAUUUAGGUCCCAGUUCUAUAGAACAGGAUUUGCCAUGUAACUGUUUAUUCAGGUCGGGAUCCAAGUGAUGGGAUGUAGUUUUCUACAGCAGUUUUCUGUUCUUGGCUGAUACAGCUCUAUUCUAAUGGUUUUAUUCUUUAAUAUAGCACUGUGAUUGCUAACCAAAGCUCAGAAACAUUUCUUGAUCCUUUAGGACCACACUAUCAGUCCUGCUCAGCUGCUGGAGUUCAGAAUUAAUUCUUAGUAAGAAAGUAAGUCUGAAUAAAAGCACAUCUCUUCUUUCACCAUCAGUAACACAAGUGAAGGAGGCAUACUUACAAAGAGACAAAGCAUCUGGUUUCAGAUAUGAAGGUCCAGCAAAGUAGGCAGCACAGCUUAUCCUGGGGUGAGGCGCAUGCACUGUGCUCUCCAUCCAUCCCAGGUUGAGGAAAACCUGGAAUUUCUGAAACAGAAGGUGGGUGUGCCAUGGAGCCCACAGGAGAGCAGGAGCUGAGUUGUCUCUCAGAGGAUAAAUGGUGUCUCAGUCAGAAACGGGGCAUCCUUACUGAAAGGAAAUCAUGAAUUAGGAUUACUUCUCUUUUUGUCUUUCUGAACCGCGUUGAUUUAACAAGCAGAGUCUGUUCUCAAGCCAAAACAUUGUGAUUCACAACGAAGUGCCUUGGGAUAGUCCAAUGCUUUGCACGCAGGUUUUCUAGUUCAUGUUUGUUUGUGCUGCAGGAUUUUCAGUUCAUGAUUAACAGCUCUUUUUUUUUUCCACACAAGCACAAACGGGCAAAGGUUUAUUAUCCAGAUGUAUCACACUGUUUCCUGCUGAGUAUCUGAAGAAAUAGAAACCCCUAAGAUGUUUUCAUAGAGUUUUAAGAAUAUUUAGAGUAACAAAGAUUUCAAAAUGUUUUACUGCCUUCAUUCUACACAACCUUUUCUAACCGAUCUAGAUUUAAACAGAGAAUUUCUGCCUUGAGAUCUACUAUACUGGCAAGCAUUAACCACAACCAGGAAUAAAAGCUAUACAAAGAGAAUCUUUGAAAA